AUGAUUGACAACCGUAAGGACGAGAUACAACAACUGACAAUGACUGAGACUGUGAAACAGCUGACGAACGCAUUGGCAUUGCCAUUCCUGGAGAUAGUAGAUGAAAUUACAGAGGAUUUCAUGUACCCUCGUGGAUUGACGACGUCGCCUGUUGAAUUAAUGUUAAAGGAAGAAAUUUUACUGCCGGAACAUAUUGUGAAGGAUGACACAUAUAAGUUUGGUCACCCGAUCAUCUUCGAACUGAUUGCUUUGCGUAUCAAGAUUACUAAAUUGCAAGCAUUAGACGUGAAGGAAUUUACAACGGUGGAUAGUAAUGGUUUUGUAGGAUCUAAUGCUCAAAAGAGACUAGUCGACAUAGAGUUAAUAAUGCGUCAUAUUCAUAAGAAACUAAACCAUGAUAAGUUAGUACUGUCACGGUUCCGUAUUUAUAACGGAAUCCUUGUCGCAUGCGAACCUCAAUUUGAAAGUAUAUUUGAAAUGUUUGAUACUUUGGGUAUACUGAUAGGUUGUCUAACAAAGGGCCCCCAAGGGAAAGGAUCCGUGGUGACUGAACAAGUUCUUGAAUUUUGUAAUACAGCAGAUCAAUUAUAUAAGGAUACCUUGUUAUCAUCGAGUGGAUACAAGGAUUUUUGUGAAUUCCAACAUGAACAACACAUCAAUGAUUCAUUAGAGAAAUUAUCAUUCGAAGACCAAGCCUUGAGUUCCUUUUUAAAUGAUAGAAAGGCUUUAUUACAUAUUACAGAUAGAAAAAUCUUUUAA